GAUUGCCACCGGAACUGCCCGAAUAGGCAAGGUAUACACAGGGCCCCUCAUCCGUCCAGGUUCCACUCGAGCUGUCCGCCAAAAAGAUUCCGAAUUCACGAUGCGGAUGGAACAGUUGCGUAACUUUGCAGUCAUAGGAAGAAGCCGGGAUCGGUCAACUCCAGAACCUGGACUUCGACCAUGGGCCAGGUUAUACUUUGUCCCUCAAAUAGUGCCUUCCCCUGGUUCCUGGGCUGCCACAAAGCUAUUGUGAAGUUUAAACUUUGUUGGCUGCAUUGAUUUCUUGGAACGAUUGGUCUACAUCGUACCAUGGCAGACGCCCGAGAGUCAGCUCGGCCUAGAGCACGGUCUGAAGCUACACGACUUCGAGAUGAAGAGAGGUUACAAAGCCGACCAUCGCCGGCUCGAAGCGGUGGCGGACGCAGGACAUCCGGAUCAAUCCCCGAGGGUCUUCGUCGACGGAGCACAGGUCUUACCCCCCGCAGCCGUAGCGGUCGGGUUCCCAGUCUGUCAUCUCGAACCACACCCGCCGAACGGACUCAAGGAAACUUUACCCUUGCCGGGCCUGAGGAAACACCACAGCUGCGUACGGCACAUGAACCUUUUGUGCAACCUGGAUAUGGGGAUCUGAAUCCCGAGUAUGAGCAACCGCCGAACGCAAAACCGGUGUGGAGUUUGGCGAAGCCGUUACCUCGUGUCGUGCGGCCUGGAAUGGUCCCAACAAAGGAAGAGCUUCUGAAGAACUGGGAGAAACCGCAGCUCCCUGCAGAGCAGUCGCAGCAGCAAGGACUGAAUGUUGAUCCGAAUGAGCUGGAAGAUGGACGGAUUGAAAAGUCGGCGGAUCCGCGGAAGAUGGCGGCGCAGGUGGAUGAUGCCCGGCAACAGCGGGAGAAUAACUUUGUCAACAAGCUAUUAGCGGGCGACGGGACGACGACACGGCUCUCGCGGACGGCUUCAAGCCGGAUUCGGCGUCCUUCUGCCCCGGGAGAAGUUGCUUCAGACCAGCUGUCUGCGGUCCCUGAAGGUGAGGCCCACUCGGAUGGAUCUGGCGAGCACCCAGACGACCUGCAGCAUGAUCUGAGCGAUGAACCCCUGCAGGCCGUGCCCGAAGAAAUCCCCGAGCCCGAUCCCGAGCAGCUUGCCGACUUCAAUGAAUUUGAUCAAGCGGCUCUCCCAGAGGACCUUCACCCGCUCAUCCAGGACCUCGUCGAGGAAGAGGUCCACAACAACCACACCGUGUGGUCCGUCAUCCGGACGCACCACCGUGAAGCCCUUGCCGAGUCCCUCGCCGUCUUUAUCCAGCUCACUGUCGGCCUCUCUGCAGACCUUAGCGUCACCCUUCCGAAUACGACAAAUCCCAACACAACCGCUUGGGCCUGGGGGUUCGCCGCCAUGAUGGCCAUCUAUAUUUCCGGUGGUGUAUCUGGUGCACAUCUCAACCCAACGAUAACAUGCAUGCUGUGGUUCUAUCGCGGCUUCCCCAACCGUAAGAUGCCUGAGUAUUUUGCAGCACAGUUCAUCGGGGCAUUCGUCGCCGCGCUCGCCGUCUAUGGCUUGUACUACGAUUCGAUUCAACAAUACCUCACCUUUGGCACCAACGCCUCCACAACGAGCAUAAUCAACAGCUUCGUAACCAGUCAACGGAACCCCUGGAUUGGACCCGCAACCGCCUUUUUCAACGAAUUCCUCGGAACAGUUGUCCUAACGGUCACAGUGUUGGCACUGGGAGACGACCAAAACGCACCGCCAGGCGCCGGAAUGAAUGCCCUCGUCGUCGGCCUCGUCGUCUACUGCCUUAGUAUAACAUUCAGCUACCAAACCGGAGCGGCACUGAACCCAAGCCGAGACUUCGGACCGCGUCUUGCGCUUCUUGCGUUGGGGUAUGGGAGUGAUCUGUUCACGAACCCGUAUUGGUUCUAUGGGCCUUGGGCGGGAUCAUUCUGUGGCUCGUUUAUCGGGGCCUUUUUGUAUGAUUUCUUCAUCUUUACGGGUGGCGAGAGCCCGGUGAAUUAUCCAUGGGAGAGGACACAGAGGGCGAUGAGGAAGAGUAAGAUGAAGUGGAAGAAAAGGUUGAGGUUCACUAAGGAGGAGGGGGAGAAGGUUCCUGUCUGAUCUAGCAAAGCUCUGGGAUUCCUGCUAGUUGCUGGACUCGGUCAUUAAACAAGCCUAGACAUUGUUUGACAUUGAGAGAUACAACCCAUACACAAUAGACUCAUUCCUAAGUUCCAGUUAUACCGCUGAAACAUUCUGCAAGGU